AUGGUAGUUAUGGGAAUGAUAGAAAUGAAGGGAGUAAAUGAUAAUUUGGUUAAACCUCAGGGGAGAAUAAUUACAUCGAAGGACUUGAUUACACUUGAUGCAAGAAGUAAUCACAUAAAUGGUCCAAUUCCAAGCACAGUUGGCAACUGUACCAAGCUAGAAUACCUUUUGCUAAAUGAUAAUGCUCUAUCUGGUUCAAUUCCAUCAAAUUUAGGAAGAUGUACCCAACUCAAAGAACUUUUGCUAAAUGAUAAUGCUUUAUCUGGUUCAAUUCUAUCAGACUUAGGAAAACUGUCAUCCUUGGAGCAGUGGGAUGUAUCUCACAACAAACUCACUGGAACUCUUCCUGAAAGUCUUGGGCAGCUUUCCAAACUUGAAAAGUUUCGUAUUUACAACAAUUUAAUGGAAGGAAAACUGUCAUCCUUGGAGCACUGGGAUGUACCUCAUAACAAACUCAUUGGAACUCUUCCUGAAAGUCUUUGGCAGCUUUCCAAACUUGAAGUGCUUCGUAUUGACAACAAUUUAAUAGAAGGCAUUGUGAGUGAGAGUCACCUAGACAAUCUGACAGCUUUAACUUAUUUUGAUGCAUCUGGAAACUCCUUGACCUUAAGAGUAAGUGCAAAUUGGAUUCCUCGUGUCCAAUUUGAAACACUUGGAUUCGGUUCGUGGAAGUUGGGUCUCCAAUUUCCUACAUGGAUCCAGUCUCAAAAAUUCCUUUGGAAUUUGAACUUGUCCUUUAUAGGAAUUUCAGAUACUGUUUCACCUUGGUUAUUCAACUCGUCAUUGCAAUAUAUAGACCUUUCUUACAAUCAACUCUGUGGUAAGAGUUCAAAGAUCUCUGAAAUUGUUAAAGUUUUAUAUAUAGUCAAAUGGCCUACUCACCUGGAUAUUUCUAAUAAUUUAAUGGAAGCUCAAUCAUUCAUUGCAAGGUAUUCGUCUAGCAUUCUGAUGAAUCCUCCACUACCAGAUGACCUCUCUUUCAGGCAAUGGUAUAGUUUGAACAAGGAAGAAAUCAGAAAUUUGCUUGAUGCUAAAACAUACAAUGAUCCAAACUGUUUACUUCCUCCUCCAAAUGAAGAAGAUAUCAAAACAAUUAGCAAUUUUCAAGCAUCAUUUCCAGUGGGCUUUGGAAUAGACACUGAACUUAAUGAUAGCUUGAAGAAGUACACAGUGGUCUGUUUUCUAAAAACCUAUGAGUCUCCUUUUCAAGGUCAACUCCAAAGAAUUAAUAUUGUCAUUAAGGCUUACACUGCAACUAAACUAUCACAUAAUCCACUUCCACUAGCAUUUCCAGAAAACAUUGAAGUUUCUUCUACACUUGGCACUUCAUCAGCAACACAUGCAAAAAAAUCAUCAAAGGAUCAAAUGUUCACAUCAACCACAAAGUUGGUACUUGAAGAAAUUGUUGCAGCCAUUUCUUACAAAGAAAGCCAGACAUCUACAAACAGUGGAGUGAAAAGAAGCCUUGAGUUUCUAGAAAGUGCAUCUUAA